AUGGGUUCUUCCGACUGUGAGAGGCGCAGGUCGACACACAUUGCCAGGUCCUCCAAGCUCUUGAGAGACUCAGGGUCGGAGGUGGCCAUUCUGUACAAUGACAGGUCAGUGCUGGAAAACCAUCAUGUCAGCGCCGCCUACAAGUUGAUGGCAGAAGAAGACAUGAACAUCCUGGUCAACCUGAACAAAGAUGACUGGAGGGAACUGAGGUCUCUGGUGAUAGAGAUGGUGAUGUCCACAGACAUGUCCUGCCACUUCCAGCAGAUUAAGACCAUGAGGAACACCCUGACACAAACAAAUGGUGUCGACAAGGUGAAAGUCUUGUCUCUGAUGCUUCACGCCGCAGACAUCAGCCAUCCUGCAAAAGCCUGGCCGCUGCACUACCACUGGACUCAUAGUCUGAUGGAAGAGUUCUUCAGACAGGGAGAUAAAGAGGUGGAACUGGGCCUCCCUUUUUCUCCUCUCUGUGAUCGAAAGGCUACCAUGAUCGCCCAGUCACAGAUAGGAUUCAUCGACUUUAUCGUGGAGCCAACGUUUACUGUUCUGAUCGACACAACAGAGAAGGUGAUUGGUCCACUGAUAGAUGAGGACAGAAAGGCCAUAGAGACUGGAAACAGAAGGUCCAGUCUGACAGGAAGUGGCUCAGUCACCGUGGAGUCGGUCCAGAGACACAGCAGCAGUCGCCAUGGGAACAGUGACGAUGGACAGAUGAACUUUUCUCUAACAGCCAUUGAUUUGCCGGGUCUGAGGCUCCACCUUUCCAGUGUCAUCGCCAGCAACAAGGAGCGAUGGAAAGAGCUGUCUGUGCAUGAAAUGGCCAAGAAAGAACAGGAGGAGAAAGAAAACUCAGAGUUGAAGUGUGAAGACUCACCAAGCACAGAUCAGCCACAGAACUCAGAGGGUUCCUUUUUGGCUGAACAGAAUAACGACACAUCACCUAACCACAGACCUCCAGAUCACAUGACCUGCAAUGGGGAGGAGGACGACGACGACAAAGUGCCUGAAAAUGCUUGA